AUGUGUAUUAAAAUCGUUGAACACGCUUUGUUUCGUUUUACACUUGAUAGUUUUGUUUUGACUUCUGCGUGUUCCACAACAGAGAUAGUGUCACAUGAUGUGGUUUUCUGUGUUAAAAAACUAUUUAGGAGCCAUAUCCUUACCUCAUACCAAAAUUUGUUCCUUGCGCUGUUGUUAUUCUCGUUACAUAUUCUUGUUCUUUAUAUUUUCAUUCAUUUAUCACUAUUGGGUCGUCCACGUUCAUUCCAUAUACGUUCCUUGUUUUUUAUCUAUUUAUGUCAUUUGUUUUCUUCACCAUUCUUAUGUCAUUUGUUUCUUCAACUAUUUUCUUCACCAUUCUCUUCAUUAAUCGUUACUACGCAUCUCCCACACCACUCCCACCGCUCACAUCUACAAUGCACCAUAGAAACAUAAAAAAUAAAGAUUCAUGCGUUGCCGCUCUCAAUAUGCAACAUUUAUACAAAUCCAAAAC